GACACACCCUGACAAUCACAGACCUGAGAGAGAGUGACUCAGCUACGUACAUGUUCAGCUUUAUAACAGAUCAGACCAGAGGGAGAUAUCCUGUCAGUCCUGGAGUCACUCUGUCUGUUACAGACCUGCAGGUGAAGGUGACUCCUACAUGGCGGGCAGCGUCGACGACACUGACCUGUAGCACCACCAGCUGUCCUCUGACUGGUAACCCCACCUACAUCUGGUACAAGAAUGGACAGGUUGUAACUGAGAACACUUUACACUACUCAGUCUACCCUGAAGUUGCAGACAGCUACUUCUGUGCUGUAAAAGACCACGAGGAUCUUCACUCUCCGGCAGUGUGUGUUCAGGGUCAGGGCUGCAGCAGAGUGAAUUACACCAAGAGGAGAAUCUGUGCCCUGAAGGGGUCAACAGUUGACAUAUCCUGUACUUAUGUUGGUUAUUAUUACACCAAAUCAUCAUUCUGGUUUAGAAGUGAUAAGUUGACCCCUGAAAACCUAACCAGAGACCCAGGGUAUGCAGGUCGUGUGGAGUACACUGGAACAAACAGAGGUCCCUUCAAACUGAGAAUCUCAGAUCUGAGAGAGGAGGACACAGCUGAGUAUCGCUUCACUUUUAAAACAUACAGCGUUGAAUGGGGUCAUAGUUUCCCUGGAACCAGUCUGACUGUGACAGACCUGCAGGUGAAGGUGACUCCUGGCACAGUGACAGAGGGAUCAUGGGUUACACUGACAUGUAUCACCACCUGUACUCUGACUGACAUCCCCAACCCCACCUACAUCUGGUACAAGAAUGGAGAAUAUCUAUUUUCUGACUCCUCUCCUCAGUAUCAAUACUCAGUCAGUAGAGGAGGUUCUGACAGCUACUCCUGUGCCUUAAGAGGCCAUGACAAACUCAGCUCUCCUGGAGUCACAGUGGAUACUUCUUCUCUGAGCUGCUUAAGGGUGACCUACACCAGUAGGAGCAUCUGUUCCUUGAUACCAUCCGUGGACCUGCCUUGCACUACCAUAUAUCCCACAGACCUGCAGGUGAAGGUGACUCCUGCCACAGAGGCAGGGAAGAGGACACUGACCUGUAUCACCACCAGCUGUACUCUGACUGACAACCCCACCUACAUCUGGUACAGGAACGGACAGUCUCUUGAUUGGCUCACUUCCCAACAACACUCUGUCUGGAGUUCUGAAACAGAGAGUUACUCCUGUGCUGUUAAAGGCCAUGAGGAUCUCCGCUCUCCUGCAGUGUGUGUUCAGGGUCACAACUGCUGGAGGGUGACUUACACCAAGAGGAGAAUCUGUGUCUUGAAGGGCUCCACAGUGGACAUAUCCUGCUCUUACACUCAUCCCACUAGUUACAUAGAACAAGGUUCAUUCUGGUUUACACAGAAACACCCUGUAGAUGUCAGGUCAUAUCCAGAGUCUGCAGGUCGUGUGGAGUACAAUAGGAACACAGAGAACCACCACACCAUGACAAUAACACACCUGACAGAGAAGGACUCGGCUGAAUACAAAUUCAGAUUAAUAACAACAAAGGAGGGGAGAUUUUCUGGUCUUCCUGGUGUGAUGUUGACUGUCACAGAUAUCCUGUUGGAGAUGGAUCCUACGUCUGUGUCAGAGGGGGAGAGAGUCACACUGAGAUGUAGAACCCAAUGUACAGUCGGUCUCAACCCCACCUACAUCUGGUACAAGAACGGACAAAGUCUGACCAACCCAGUCACCAGUUAUAACAGCCUGAUCCUAGACCCAGUCAGCAGUUAUAACAGCCUGAUCCUAGACCCAGUCAGCAGUUAUAACAGCCUGAUCCUAGACCCAGUCAGCAGUGAGGAUGCAGGAAACUACUCCUGUGCUGUAGAAGGCUUAGAGAGAAUCCUCUCUCCAGAAGAGACUCUCACUGUCAGAUACGGCCCAAAGAACACCUCAGUGUCAGUCAGUCCCUCUUGUGAACUAGUGGAGGGCAGUUCAGUGACUCUGACCUGCAGCAGUGAUGCCAACCCACCUGUGCAGAGUUACACCUGGUACAAGAAGAAUGGUGGUCACUAUCAGUUCUCCAAUGUGAACACAGGACCACAGCACAUAUUCAAUCUUAUCAAGUCAUCUGACAGUGGAGAGUACUACUGUGAGGCCUGGAAUGGGAUGAAGACGGGGAGGUCUGGGUCAAUCAACAUCAAUGUGAAAUAUGCUCCACAGAACACCUCAGUGUCAGUCAGUCCCUCUGGUGAAAUAGUGGAGGGCAGUUCAGUGACUCUGACCUGCAGCAGUGAUGCCAACCCACCUGUGGACAAAUACACCUGGUACAAGAAGAACGUAACCUCACCAAAAGCAUCAGGACAGAGUUACAUCAUCACUAACAUCAUCUCUGAGGACAGAGGAGAAUAUUACUGUGAGGCCCAGAAUGGAAGAGGAUCUAUGAACUCUACAGCUCUGAUGAUCAUUGUAGCAGGGAAACAAACCUCAGUUCUGACUGCAGCUGUAGGAAUCACAGUGGUUGUUCUGGUUCUCAUCCUCUGUCUCUCUGGACUCAUGUGGUUCAGGAAGAAGGCCUCCACAUCCACCUCCAACACAAGAGACACAGCAGACGAUGGAGAGGGAGACUCUAGUCCAGUGUAUGACAACAUCUCAAACAUGGCCAUGACCUCUACUGCAGCACAGACAGCUGACACAGACAACCAGGAUGAUGUUCACUACGCCAGCGUCCACUUCUCUGGCUCCAAAAACCAGGAAGUGCCUCUGUACUCCACCGUCCAGCUGCAUCAACCACAGAAACAGGACCAAGAUGUCCAAUACGCUGCUGUGAAAUUCAACCUCCCCAGUUCUGCCUCCCAACCAGCAGCAGCACAAGCAGCUGAGGUGGAUGCCUCUGAGAUCUACAGUACAGUCAACAAACCCAGAACCAAGAAGACUUGAACAUAACAAACCCAGAACCAAGAAGACCUGAACACAACAAACCCAGAACCAAGAAGACAUGAACACAAAUGCCCAGAACCACAAACCCAGAACCAGGAAGAACUGAACAAAACAAAACCAGAACCAAGAAGACCUGAAUACAACAAACCCAGAAACAAGAAGACAUGAACAGAACAAGUUUGACAAAAGCCUUGUAUAAAUAUAAAUAAAACCUUGUAUCGGGGUUUGUGGUAUGUGGCCAAUAUACCACGGCUAAGGGCUGUAUCCAAGUACUCAGUGUUACAUUGUGCACAAGAACAGCCCUUAGCCGUGGUAUAUUGGCCAUAUACCACACCUCCUCAGGCCUUAUUGCUUAGGUUUAUAAGAGCAAUAACAUACUUCAGGGGUUUGUGGUAUAUGGACAAUAUACUGUACCACGGCUAAGGGCUGUUCUUGAGUGAAUGUGCCGUGCUGCAAUCCCCUGAGGUACCUUAUUGCUAUUAUAAACUGGUUACCAACAUAGAUUGAACAGUAAACAAGUAUUUUUGCAUCAUUCCCGUGGUAUAUUGUCUGAUAUACAGUAUACGCUUCUGAAAUGCUGUUUCAGCCAAUCAGCAUCCAGAACCCAAACCACCCAGUUUAUAAUAGUAUGUAAUAAUAUUUUCCAUCCAGCAGACACUUUUAUCCAAAUUCUCUCAGUCAUUACAGCCAUGUUCAAAUACAUGUAUCGUAUGUGUAGUCCCAGCAGUGUCACGCUCAUUAAAAUGGACGGACCAAGGCACAGCGUGAGUUGGGUUCCACAUAUUUAUUUGCAGUGAAACUUAAACCAAAAACAAGAAACAUACAACAACCGUGAACUACGUGGUGCUGAAAGCACUAACACAAAACAAUAUCCCACAAAGCAGGUGGAAACAGGGAACCCUUAAGUAUGAUCCCCAAUUAGAGACAACGAACAUCAGCUGCCUCUAAUUUGGAACCAUACGAAGAGCACCAACAUAUAAAUGAAAAGACUAGAACAGCCCCUAGUCAUGCCCUAACCUACAACGCCACAGAGAACCAAGGGCUCUCUAUGGUCAGGGUGUGACAAGCAGGAAUUGAACCCAUGCACCAUGCUGUACAAACUAGGCCACACAGAACUACUCUAUUCACACUUAGAGUAGGAGUUCGGAUCUAGGGUCAGUUAUGCCUUUUAAACUAUGAUGAAUAAGUAGGACCUUAACAUUCAUUUUAUUUUAUUGUAAACAUUUCUGAUUACAGCAUCUUUUUCCCAAAAUGUUGUAUUUCUGAAGUAGGCAACCUCAAGGUCCAGUUGUAUUUUAUAUAACUAUAUAUGUUUGUAUGUUAUAUUUCUGAAGUAGGCAACCUCAAGGUCCAGUUGUAUUUUAUAUAACUAUAUAUGUUUGUAUGUUAUAUUUCUGAAGUAGGCAACCUCAAGGUCCAGUUGUAUUUUAUAUAACUAUAUAUGUUUGUAUGUUACAUUUCUGAAGUAGGCAACCUCAAGGUCCAGUUGUAUUUUAUAUAACUAUAUAUGUUUGUAUGUUAUAUUUCUGAAGUAGGCAACCUCAAGGUCCAGUUGUAUUUUAUAUAACUAUAUAUGUUUGUAUGUUAUAUUUCUGAAGUAGGCAACCUCAAGGUCCAGUUGUAUUUUAUAUAACUAUAUAUGUUUGUAUGUUAUAUUUCUGAAGUAGGCAACCUCAAGGUCCAGUUGUAUUUUAUAUAACUAUAUAUGUUUGUAUGUUAUAUUUCUGAAACAAUCAUCAGACUUGUGAGACUAUAUGCUGUAUGAAGCUUAGAACCAGAAAGUCAUUAUAUCUGCUUCUAUUAUAUUGUAUUACUUCAUAUGGUACUAUUAGAUGAUACACGUAGUAUAAGUUUGCUAUAUUUUUUUGUUUUUAUGUCCAGGAAAGAGUUCUGCUUGAUGCAAGGUUUCUUAUCGCUUUUAUCAAAUGUUGUUGUUUUUUUAAGCUAGUGUGUGAAGUGACUUUUUUAAUGAAUAAACUUCAUCGUCAUUGUUUUCA